AAAAAUCCAUCUCCGGCUAACUGAAACCGUCCGUUGUUCCGCGUGAAGCCGCAGCGGAACACCGGCCGACCACCCUCCCGAAAGGAACAAAAAGACGGCGACGGAAGCUCCAAGCAGCUCCCGGACCUCUGCGGCGCUAGAAGCCACUGCGGUCGCCGUCACCGCACUUGCGGGGAGAACACUCGCACGCGGAGGGAGACCCCUCCACUCCAAUGGCGGUGAUCACCGCGCCGCCGCAUCCUCCCCUCGCCGUAUUCGCCGCUGCGCCCUGCCACGGAGUGCGCUUCCGCCGCGCUCCACUCAUCCGCGUGGCGGCCUCCUCCUCCUCGUCGUCUUCGGCUUCCUUCUCCUCGUCCUCCUCUUCCUCCUACGGAGGUGGUGGGGGCGAGGCCGGGGGAGGGGGAGGAGGCGAGAUCCACUACGUCUCGCCGCCUCCCCCGCCCGCCACGCCCUCUGGGGCACCCGUGUACGUCACGCUUCCAGCCGACGCCGUGGGUGCAGGGGGGCGCGUGGCGCGGAGGCGCGCCAUGGCGGCUUCGCUCGCCGCGUUGGCGAGCGCCGGGGUGACGGGGGUCGCGGUGGAGUUGUGGUGGGGCGUCGUGGAGCGCGGGGGACCUCGGGAGUACGACUGGGCCGGGUACCUCGACCUCGCCGCCAUGGCGCGGCGCUACGGGCUCCGCGUGCGCGCCAUCCUCGCCUUCCACCAGUGCGGCGCCGGGCCACAUGACCAAUUCUGGGUCCCUCUUCCACAAUGGGUUCUUGAGGAGAUGGAGAAGAUGCCAGACUUGUCAUAUACUGAUAGAUAUAAACAGAGAAACAAGGAAUACAUCUCAUUGGGAUGUGACAUUCUUCCACUUCUGAAGGGGAGAUCACCUAUGCAAGCUUAUGCUGACUUCAUGAGGAGCUUCCGCGACAAUUUCAAGGAGUACCUUGGGGCCAUAGUGACGGAAGUUCAAGUUGGAAUGGGCCCAGGAGGCGAGCUUAGGUAUCCAUCAUGCCCAACCGAGAAGCUAAAUCAGCCAGGCAGCUCAUCUGAACUUGGGGAAUUUCAAUGUUAUGACAAGUUCAUGCAAGCAUCAUUGAGUGCUUAUGCGAGGAUUCUCGGGAUUCAAGAGUGGGGAGGUGGUGGUCCAGCUGGCAUAGAUAGCACGCGGCAGAACCCGGAAGAGACAAACUUUUUCCGUGCAAAAGGAGGAUGCUGGAAUACACCUUAUGGCCGAUUUUUCCUCGAGUGGUAUUCAGGAAUGCUUCUUCUCCAUGGAGAGAGGUUAUGCGCGGUCGCUGAUGCCGUCUUUUCUGGCACCGGCGUGACCAUCUCGGGGAAGGUUUCCGGCAUACACUGGCACUACUACACAUGUUCACACCCAUCUGAGCUGACAGCCGGCUACUACAACACAUUGCUAAGAGACGGCUAUCUCCCCAUCGCCCAAAUGUUCUCUCGACACAGAGCCGCCCUGUGCUGCGGCUGUUUUGACCUGAGGGAUGCGGAGAGAAGCAGUCCUCAGAGCAGCCCCGAGGGCACUCUCCGGCAACUCAUGGCCGCCGCUAAGGUAUGCAAUCUCCCUCUCAACGGCGAGAACUCGGUGCCGAGGCUGGACGACGCGUCGCUGAGCCAGGUCGUCAGAAGCUCGAGGCUCUACUCGGGCGGCACCUCGGGCGCGUCUUUCUCCUUCAACUAUGUCAGGAUGAACAAGAGCCUGUUUGAGUCGCACAACUGGAACCGGUUUACGAAGUUCGUCAGGAAGAUGUCGGAUGCCAGAACCUUUCUGGCUAGGCUGAACUUCAGGAGCGGACAGCAAUGCCUGCCUUCAAUGUCAGUUGUUUGGGUCGCUAGCCGGGCCUGCGCAUACACAUGAUUUUUUGCUGUGUGUCAAGCAUGUACCUGUAAUCUUAAUUAUAGAUGAUUCAAGAAAGAAAAUGGAAGAAAACUUCCAGUGGGUUGGUUGUUGUA